CAACAUGGCGGCCACAAUUAAAAGAGAAACUUCGUGGAGACGACGCUGGAAACCGAAUCUUAACUCCCAACCAUGGAAACAUUUUUCCAUUUCUGGAAAAUCAUUUUUAUUGAAGACCAUGUUUGUUGACGCAGACUGCUCUUAUGAAUUUUGCUUGUGGGAUUUCUGCACCUUCUGGUACGAGAAAGUUGAGCAUGAUGAGUUUGAAGCUCGAGCAAAGAAACUCAACCCAAAUGUUGAAGCAAAACUCACAUAUUUGCUGAAAUUUAUGCAGAAAAGUGUUGUGGAACCUAAUCAAAAGGAAGAACCAUUGUUUAUAAUCAAUCAGGAGAAUUCCUCGUCUGAGGAUGAACUGGUUUUAAAAAUGAAGGCAAAGUUACAGGGGGGUGUACCAUUUGUCUGGGAAUUCCACUGUUCAGAAGGAGGAAAACACAUGGUUGGAUCACAGCUAGUGCAGCCAAUGCUUGCCAUGAUUGCUGAGUUAAAUAGACGGCAGGCUGAGCUCUGUAAGCUUCUGAGGAGGAAGGAUCAGGAGAUUAUGGAUUAUAAGGACUCAGGAGCAUGCUUGUCAAGAAAAAGCCUUGCAACGUCGGAGUUUAAUGAAGAUACAUUCAAAAGUAAAAUGAUUCUCUCACAGGGUUUUGAGGAUGCUGUACAAGAUGCAGUUAUACAAGGACUUGAUGAUGACUCAUCUGAACUGUAUAAACAGGUUAUGAUAAAAACAGCAUGGCUAGCAGAAAAAGAUCUACCAGAGCCAGAUGAAGAUGUUGAAGAGGCAGAUGAUAUCUACGGAUCAGUGGUUAUAGGGGGUCCUAGUGCCCCCUCAUGGACUGAUAUACCCCCUCCUUCCCUCUUUGGAAAGGAAGAUGAACCUUUAACCACAUCCCCCAGGGUAUCUCCCAGGAAAACACCCGUCACAUCACCAGCAAAGUCGUCUGGGAUGUCAUUGCCCUCAGAUUCGCCUUCUAAGGAUAUGGAACUAGAAAGACGUGAAGCGCUGCAAAAGAGACUAGCCGAGGAAGCCGAACGAAAGAAAAAGAAAAAACGCAAAGUUAAGUUAUGACAGGCGCGCACAAGUCAAUAUUUUCAAAACUGGACUGCAAGGAUCUAGAACUUUAGAGCUUGGUUGAUCCUUACGCGCGAGAAGAUGCAAGCUCUUUUAGGGGCUUUAUUUCACGUUUAAAAGACUUCUUUGGGAAACAACAGUUUAGAAAUAUUUCAGGGAAGCUAACGACAAGUAAAGCAUAGGUCAAAAAGGGCGUGGGCACGAACUUGAUGGACAGUGUCCGACACCAUCGUUUAACCCGUAUCACCGCCCCCUCUGCCUUCAAGAUAUACCCUUGAGCAACACGCCCUGUGCAGAAGUAGUACUUUAGAAAUAAAGAGCUACUGUAACUAGAUAGAGAAAUCUUCAAAUGAGUGUCGAAAAUAUUAUAGGACUGCUUUCGUUUUGCUUUGCUAAUCUUUGUAAUUUUUUUUAAAGGGAAAAGAAACUCACCCUUCCCCCUCGACCAAUCAAAUGUAAAACUAAAACCUGAGAGACUCAGUCACUCAGGUUUUUGCAAGCUUUUUCGCCUUGAGCUCCCUUGGGCUUUUUGUAAUAUUAUCUUUGUUCUGAUUGGUUACUGUGAUUACUAUGGUUUGGGUAUUACGACACUCCCUAGAAAAGCGGUUUACGUACCUAAUCAAAAAACAACUACCUAUUGGGGAAGAAUAACCCCUUUUUUCUCGUUUUUGGUUCAGUGAAAAAGUGCUACUGGUCACAGCAGUGUUUAUCUUAAGGGGGUAAUUUUCUAAAGAAACUGUGGUGCUGCGUCGGUGGGAGAAUGUAACAGGAUAAUUUAAUAUUAUCAACUGAGUUGAUAACGUAUAAUGGCCACCGUAAAGAGUUUAAAAGCUGACAUUUCGAGCGUUAGCCCUUCGUCAGAGCGAUUUGAGGAAUUUUGGGUUGUUUUUGUGUAUUUAUGUAGAAAAAGGAGCUACGCUAAGAUGAUCCUUUCACUGCCAGGAGUGAGUGACCAAAAAGGAAUUUCUUCUUAACAAUAUUAAUACAGAAAAUUAUAGAUGAACGGAUAUUGUUUGAUUCAUCACCAAUUAUCACAGCUUAUAGUGCAAGAAAUGUUUGGCAAUCAGGGCUGAAAAUUGAAAUUAAAUUUUGAGUGUCAUUUUCAGCCUAGUUGAAAAUGGUCCUUCAAGAGAAUGGAAUCUUGAAAAAGUCCUUUGUUGGCGUGGACGAAAUUUUAAGUAACAGAACGAAGAUAGUUGGAACGGUGAAGUUCAACGCAGAUGAUUCUCAGAAGUUACAUACCACGAUUUUGCGUCUGGUGAACGAGCAGUGCACGGAGGAAAAUACUGUGCGCGAUAAACCGGAGAUGAAAAUCUUGGGCCCUAACCUUCAAAACAAGCACGUCUUGAUCAAUUUUCAGUUGAGAAGACAAUUAAACCGGGAAAGUACUGGUUUUGCUUCACUAUGCUCGAGGGUUGUUCAACAAAUGCAAACCAUUCCGGAGCCAACACGUCCAUACUAAACCAGUCACGUUUUCGGGGUAGUGGGGAGGGGGUUACUGAAGUUUCCCACGUUUGUAGCUGUCCGCGUAUAUUUAUUGUUAGCUCUCAUUGGGUUGUGAUGGUACAAUUUGUCACUGUGAUCCCCUUUGUUUCGCAUCUCUCCAUCCAGGUGCCUUUCUCAUUAAAAACGCAAUUCAUUUCA